AGAGCACAGCAUUGGGGAAGAAGGCCGCAUGCAUUAAUAAAUUUAAAGAGACUAGGAGAAGGUGCGGAGAAAGUGAAGACAAUGAAUGAUCAGAACACUGCAAAAUCACGAGAAUUGUAUGCAUACGCAAAGAGGGGGAAAUGGGAGGAAGUGAUUGAGAAGUAUAAGGAAGUGCUUAAGGAGCAUAAGAACAACCCAGGGGCUCAGAACAACCCAGGGGCUCAGAACAACCCAGGGGCUAAGAACCCGAAGCUGAACCGACGGGGCGACACGGUGCUGCAUUUGGCUGUGAUUGACAAUCAAGAAGCAAGAGUGGAAGAACUUGUGAGACACAUAAGCGAAGCCCCCAAAAACACACUUACUGAGAAUCAAGAAGAAACAGAAAAAAGAGUUAAGGAAGGCACGGAUAAUUACAAGGAUAUUCUAGAGACUACAAAUGAGAGGGGAAACAAUCCUCUCCACCUUGCUGCAGUGAUGGGGAGCGUGAGAAUGUGCGAAGCCAUUGGUUCAAAGCAUAAUGGGUUGGUGGACAUGAGAAACAACGACGACGAAACACCUCUGUUCUUGGCGGCUGCGUAUGGCAACAAGGACGCCUUUUUUUGCCUUUACAAUUUUUGCAAAGACGACGCCUCUCGAAUCUCCGCCAACUGCAGAGUGAAGCAGGAUGGAGACACCGUGUUACAUCAAGCCCUCAGAAAUGAGCACUUGGAUUUGGCGUUCCAAUUAAUUAACAUGCACAAGGAGGCUAUAAGCUGGGUGAAUGAGGCAGGCCUAACCCCUAUCCAUAUUCUAGCCAGUAAGCCAACUUCCUUCAAAAGUGGUAGCCACAUCAAAGGAUGGCAGCACAUCGUGUAUCACUGCUCAUUUGUGAAACCACUGAAGCAAGGGUUGCAUGGAAGUGUGAAGAAAACGAGAAAGGAAGAUUCUCCUUCCCCUUUUCCCGUUAACUACCGGACAUGCAUCGACUUUUAUAGGGGGAUGAGGGAUAUAAUUUUGACAGUCUGGCAUUUCAAACGCCACAACAAGAAUGACACCAAAAAUGAUGGAGCCAAGAAGCAGAAUGACACCAAAAAUGAUGGAGACAAGAGGAACGGAGACUUGGAAGAACAGAAGCCUCUGAACACUAAAUCAGCUACAAACUUCCCCGUAAACUACACCACUUGCAUCGAUUUUUUUCAUAUUGCUUUCUCGGCCAUCAUGAUCAUUCUUGGGUUCGGAUCCACUGAAAUCAAAAAGAUACGGAAGAAAAAGGAGAAACACACCUGGUCGGUUCAAGUGAUGGAGAAACUUCUUGAAUUGGCUGAGCCCGACAAAUAUGCAGAAGAUGGAAACAGUCCCAUGGAUUCCAAAUUUCAAAACGACGAAGCAAAUGGAGUUACGCUUCCUUACAACUUUGUAGAUAAUGAGGUCCAAUUCAGUCAUUUCAUUGAGGAACCAAAAGAAUUAGAGAAGCCCCAAGACGUGGAAGCACCCGAGUCGGCGAUGUUAUUAGCAGCAAAGAAUGGAGUGAUUGAGAUCGUGAAGGGAACUUUGGAACGUUUUCCGCCGGCAAUCCGUGAUACUACGAAAGAUAAGAAGAAUGUGGUGCUGUUGGCCGCGGAGCACAGGCAGCCGGACGUCUACAGGUUUUUUCUCAAGAGAAGAAAUGAAAUAGACCUGUUUCGAGCGGUGGAUCAUGAGGGCAACAGCGCCUUACAUCUCGCAGCAACCGCCAUAGAUCCAAAGCUUUGGCGCAUCACAGGAGCUGCAUUGCAGAUGCAGUGGGAAGUUAAGUGGUAUAACUACGUGAAGGGGUCUGUGCCACUCCAUUUCUUUCCCUACUGGAACCACCAAGGAAAAACUGCAAGUGCAAUCUUCCGGGAAACCCACAAGGAACUUGCGACAAAGGGUGGGGCGUGGCUUUACAGUACCUCAGAGUCAUGCAGUCUGGUGGCAACCCUGAUUGCAACAGUAGCUUUUGCAACCGCAGCCACCAUCCCAGGCGGCAACGACGAGAGUGGUGGUGCAAAACUGGGAGACGAGCAAGGGUUUUUAAUCUUCUCCUACUCUUCCCUAAUUGCCCUCUGCCUCUCUUCAACCUCAGUCAUCAUGUUUCUAGCCAUCAUGACCUCCAGGUUCGAUAUCAAAGACUUCGGGUUAGCGUUGCCCUGGAAAUUGCUGAUCGGCUUGUGCUGCCUUUACUUUUCGAUCAUCGCCAUGUUGGUUUCCUUCUGUUCGGGGCACUACUUUCUGAUCAUCAAACGUCUUCACAACGAAGCCAUUCUGCUGUAUACACUUACUUUCUUCCCUGUGGCAUUGAUCUUCGGUAUUGUGCAGCUUCCUCUCUACUUCGAUUUGCUGCAGGCUCUUAUCAAAAGAGUGCCUAGAAGAAGCGCCGAGGUCGUCCUAUGCGAUUUGAGCGUGCGGUGCGGUACAAGUAAAAACAAGGAUUGUCCUAAACCUCCAGAUUCUCUUCUUUUUCGUUGUAAUGGAUAAAUUUAGUGAUCUCUGGGAGUGACCCUUUUUCCUUUUCUGUAUUCUUGGUUUUUCUGUCUGGAAAUUUGAUCUAUUUUAAAACAUUGUGUAAAACCCAGUCUUGGUUUCGUAGCUUUCAUUAAAAAGCGUGCGUAUUGAUUAAGGAGAAAGAAUGAAACAGAAUAAAUGGAAU